GGGACCGCGGAAAACAUCGCAUGUUAUGAGAGAAAGACUAUGCGUACAGAACGGGUACAUGUACUGAAAGCACCGAAAGCAUCGAAAGCACUCAAACCAAAACAGACGCGGAACAGAUAUAGGAAACAAAACAAAGUCUACACUGCCCUAUUGGAUGGGCCAGCAUAGCCCUGCGCCGCCAGCUGCUGUCGGAGGAAGGCAAUCUCAUCCUCUAACCUCCUUGCCCUCGCGUCGGCCUGUGCCCUCGCCGCUGCCUCCUCCCUUGCCCUCGCGUCGGCCUGUGCCCUCGCCGCUGCCUCCUCCCUCGCCCGUGCUUCCGCUGCCUGUAACCUCGCAUUAUUAGGAUCAGUCCUCGCCUUUUCCACAACUUUCGUGAAAUGGUGAUUGUAACGUGGCAGAACGCAGUCCAGUGGUGGGUCUUUGGGCUGGAUGGUGAAAAUUGUGAGGAAGCGCCCGGCACGGAGAGGGCCACGGAGUGCGUGAUCAACUGAUCUGCCACCGAGGCGGGCGCAGAAGACGUCGUAGAUGACGGCCGCAUACCAGUAACAUUGUCACGAGACAACGUUGUAAAUAGGCGAGUGCUCAUACACCGCAACCGUAUACGCGAGGUAUGAAUCGCGAGGAGACGUGAAUGACCUGGAUGAGUGCCUGCACAUGUACGCCCAGGCAGCGACCUCGACGACUGCUCCGAGCGGACACUGUCUGCGGUACACUAGGAUAUGGGAGGCCGUCGCCACGAAACACCGUCAUGCCUCGGAUGUCGGUGUUCGACGCGCGCCUGCAGCAACAGCUUCGCACGGCGAAUAUAGGGCGGUCUGUGCAGGCGCGACAUGACAUUCUCGCGAAGAGCCCGAUCGAAAGCUCCCGCGCGGCUGCACACGCGAUUCGAGAGGGGGAGCUGGAGCAUGCGAUAGAGCUGCUGGAGCAUGGCCGGUCCGUCGUUUGGCAGCAGACGCUACGGCUUCGGCCGUCGACGGACAAGUUGCACCAGGUUUCACCUGCCCUCGCGGGUCGACUGUCCAAGACGUUAGGUGAACUCGACGGCAUGAAUGUUGAACCAUUGGCGCCAGGUGUGCGCCCUUCAGAUUGGCGGCGGCGGCAGACGAGGCGUGUGCAGCGUCAUCCUCCGUCGUCAUCGUCGUCGUGGACCCUGUCGAUGCCUUCUGGACCGACGACUCUGAGGUGAUGGCAUAGUGCUUCAAGGACAUGAUCCUCGCAUCGUCGCUUGCAUGAC